CAAACAAUAUAAUAUGGGCAUUCAGAAUCGCCCCAAUUCUUCAAAAUUAGGGUUCAUUCUGCUGCCGGAGUCAACUCUCAAUCCAUCGAAUUCCAGCUAUUGGGUACAUCAAUGGUGGUUUAGAGAAAUAGAAAUAAAAGUAUGAUGGAGCAGAAGCGUAUGUUAUUGGCUACUGGAAGUUGUCAGGGUGAAGGACCCUGUACUGUGAAUAUGAUUGACAGAUUUAGCAAUCUUCCGGAGGGAGUUUUUCAUCACAUUCUUUCAAAAUUCAGUAUUAAAGACCUUGCCCGAUUCUGCUGUGUCUCCAAACGAUGGAGAGAAUUAUGCCUGUCGUCUCCAUCGGUGGAAUUUUGUGGAUUUAGUGAAGAUGGAAUUAUGGAUAUGGCAUGUGAGCUUAGGUUGAAGUUGGUCAAUGCAUUGGAUAGGUUCUUGCUUAGUCGUGGGGAUAAUGAGAUGAAGAGCUUUGUUCUUUUUUGGGAUGGUCACAGUGAUGAAGAGCUUGACGAAGCAUGUUUCUGUGUUAAUGAGAAUUUCCGAAUAAUCACCUGGAUCCAGAAUGCUGUGAGGUGUAAAGUUGAAAAGGUUUAUCUUGACGUCACCUUUUUUGAUUAUGAGGGGGAGCCAUUGGCAUUUCCAUCUUGCGUCUUUCGUUCUGCAUCAUUGACGUCUAUAGUGGUUAAUAUGCCACGUACAGUUGUUAAAACACCCUCCUUCACUUUUUCCUCCAAUAUCGAAAAGUUGCAUUUAAGUGAUGUUGUUAUACAGGACGAGGGGUUUUUCGAGUGGAUUUCCUAUUCCUGCAAAUCCUUGAAGGAUGUAACCCUUUCAGCAGUUCGUGAGAUACAUAGUAUCACCAUUGAAAGCUCGUCUUUGGAAAAAUUUUAUUUCAUUAAUUAUGAGGUUGAUGAAACCUGCCAUAUUAACAUCUCUGGUGAGAAACUUGAAGAAAUAAAUGUCAGGUGCAAUCAUUCACCUAGCAGCACCAUAUUAAAAAUUGUUGCUCCAAAUGUUAAACGUUUGCUUUUGGAGGGGAAUGUGAAAAAUCACCUAAAUCUGGGAGAAUUGAAAUGUUUGGAACAAGCUGCUAUUCUUAUGGAGCCUAUAGUAGAUGAGUUUAACAAAGUAUUUGAGGUUCUUUCCAGUUUGUGCAGUGUUGAAGUUCUUGUUCUAAAUGAAGCUACCAUCCAGGCUGCAUACAGGGAGGAAUGCGUGCAAGCUCAAUUAGAUGAGACUUGGUACUUGCAAAUGAAUAUUGGUAGCUUUACUGAUGAUCUAGUCCCGGCAGUUGUCUCUCUCUUAAGAGGAACACCAGAGUUGUGUACUUUAUACAUUCGCUAUAAACCAACUUCACUUGACCCUAAAUCUAAUACAUCUGGGUUUGAUAUGGAGUAUUGGAAGAUGCAAAACCUGGAUUUUGUUUCUCAGGUUGAGGAUGUUACCAUAGAGCUUAGUGCUGGGUUUAAUGGAAUUGAGUUAGCAAGGUAUAUACUUGAGCAUGCUGAGAGCCUGGAGAAAAUGGUCAUUAGGUAUUUAGCCGAGCAAUCUAAUGCUAUAGGGAAAUUAAAAGAAAGUAAGAUGAUCUCUAAUCCCUUGGUCACUUUCGAGGAAUAUGAUAGCUCAGUUACCUUAUUUUGAUGGUUUUGACUUUCUGUUUAUGUUAUUUUAGACUCCGUGUGUAACGUUGAUUGAUCCGUUUUGGAAUUUUAUAGAAUGAAUUUUGCCUUAUUCAGAGUUUAGAAGUGACUGAGUGAUCAUUCUGGCUGAGACAGAGUAAGCAUAUACCUAGCCUACUCAGUUAUGGUUUUCAUGGUUUUUCGACUGUAAAUUGUAAUUAGCAAGUUUGAAUUUGCUAAUUACAAUUAACCGUGUUUGAAUUUGUCAAGAA